CUGCCUAGCCUGGUUAACGGUUCCUGUGUUGACGCGCUUUUAACGUCAUGAUGAAGUAUCUGGUACUUGUGACCUUUUUGGCUCCUUGUUGGGUCAAUUGUGCGAUUAAAUCAAGGGCCACUGAGGAAGAAACACGGGAAAAUGACACAGAGUUCGAGGCUCUGAGCUCAUUGCUGUCUGACUUUGAGGUGAUGCCCGUGUCCGGCCUCCAGCAGCAUUCACUCAGGAAGAGGGACGUCCACACAGAGUCCCAGCUGGAGCGCAUUGUCAGCUUCAGUGCCCUCAAGAGACAUUUUAAGCUUUACUUGACAACUAACACAGACUUGUUCACUGGGGACUUCAACGCUGUGUUUGUAGAUAAGCAAGGGAAGGAAGACCGCUAUGAUGUUCAGCUGCAGAACUACUUUAUUGGACAUCUUGUAGGCGAGGAGCACUCCCGUGUUCAGGCACACAUAGACGGGGACGAGUUCUCGGCCCACAUCCUGACAGAGGAGACGGAGUACAACGUAGAGCCUCUUUGGAGGUUCACCGAGGUGCCCCCCGAUGGCCGUCUGUUGGUAUAUCGCUCUGAGGACAUCCGGAACCUCAGUCGCCUGACCUCGCCCAAGGUGUGUGGAUACAUCCACGCUGGGGCCCAGGACCUGCUACCAGAGGCCGCCAGAGGUGGAGAGGCACGGGAGGAUUCCCUCCACAGAGAGAAGAGAGUGACCCACAACCACAAGAAGAACACCUGUCCUCUAGCCCUGGUGGCCGACUACCGCUUCUUCAAACACAUGGGCCGCGGAGAGGAGAGCAUUACACUCAACUACCUGAUUGAGUUGAUUGACAGAGUGGACGACAUGUACAGGAACACAACCUGGGAUGAUGAGUUUUCAGGAUACGGUGUUCAGAUCCAACAGAUCAUCAUCAACAAGGAGCCGACCAGAGCGCCGCUUGGCCAGGCUGGGCCGGACUGGACCCACUACAACAUGAAGGGAAGCCCCAUCCAAGGCAAGGAGGUGUGGGACGUCAAGAAACUGCUGGAACAAUUUAGCACGGACAUAGCGGACAAUGCUAGCACUGUGUGCCUUGCCCACCUGUUCACCUAUCAGGACUUUGAUGAGGGGACACUGGGCUUGGCUUACGUGGCCCCUUCUAAAGCCCAGGCUAUGGGGGGCCUCUGCCCUAAACCUUUCUUUCCAUCUAGUUCCGUUAAGAACCCCAGUUUCCUCAACACUGGUUUAACCAGCACUAAGAAUUAUGGCAAAACCAUUCUAACCAAGGAAGCAGAUUUGGUGACAACCCAUGAGCUGGGCCACAACUUUGGAGCUGAGCACGACCCUGACAGCAUGCACUACUGCGCCCCUAGCGAUGACCACGGGGGCAAGUUUGUCAUGUACCCCAUCGCUGUGAGCGGGGACCACUACAAUAACAAGCGUUUCUCCAACUGCAGUAAGAUCUCCAUAGGGAAGACGCUGCGCCUCAAGGCUCCCAUCUGCUUCAAGGAGAGGAACAGCAAGGUGUGUGGGAACUUGCGCGUUGAGGAAGGGGAGGAGUGCGACCCGGGCCUGCUGCACCUCAACGACGACCAGUGCUGCUCCGCCGACUGCAAGUUUAGGCCCGAGUCCCAGUGCAGUGACAGGAACAGUCCAUGCUGUAAGAACUGCAAGUUUCGGCAGGCAGGCAAGCCGUGCCAGGAGCCAAUCAACGCCACCUGUAAGGGCAUGUCCCUCUGCACAGGUAAGAGCAGUGAGUGCCCAAACCCAGACAAUGCUCCGGACAAUACCAUCUGUGUGGAUAGUGUGAGGUGCAGCAACGGGGAGUGCAUGACCUUCUGUGAGGCUGUGCAGAACCUGCAGCCCUGUGCUUGUAAUGAGCUGGUCAAUUCGUGUAAGGUCUGCUGCCGGGACAAAAAUGGCACCUGCACUCCCUUCGUCAAAAAGGACCAGAACUUCCUGUAUCUGCGCAAGGGGAAACCCUGCACCGUGGGCUUCUGUGAUGAGGGCGGCAAAUGCAUGAAGCAAGUCCAGGAUGUGAUCGAGAGGUUGUGGGAUUUCAUCGACAAGCUGGACAUCAACACUUUCGGGAAGAUCCUGGCAGACAACAUCGUGGCCUCAGUGGUGUUGUUCUCUCUGAUUUUCUGGAUCCCUCUCAGUAUCCUGGUGCACUGUGUGGAUAAAAAUCUGGAGAAGGAGUAUGAGAACACCAAGCCCAGCAAAGCAGAGAUGCUGAGCAGCCUCGAGACGGCCUCUGUUGUCGUCAUCAAGCCAUCUACGCCUCCAACCUCCUCCUCCGGCACUCGGAUUCUUCUCCACUCCCUCCCUUCUCUACCCCCAACGGGCCCACCUGCCUCAGGCAGCAUCAGUGCCCCAGGCUUGGCUUCUGGCCCUGGCCCGGGAAGUGGGGUGGUCGUGGUGGGGGAGGGCCCGCGGAUGGCCACCAUACAGGAGGAUCCCAGCUGCGAUUCUCACCUCGACCCGGAUGAAGACGACUUCCCUCCACCCGGAGGCUCCAACGCCACCAAGUCAUCUUACGAGGACCUGACGGCAGAGCGGAGCACGCCGUGGUCGGGCAGCCACGACAAGCCCCGCCUCGAGGCAAACCUAUAUGGUGAACAGUAAAGAGUCCCAGUGCUGAGGGAACAUGUUUGUACAGUGGGGCAAAAAAGUAUUCAGUCAGCCAUCAAUUGUGCAAGUUCUCCCACUUAAAAAGAUGAGGCCUGUAAUUUUCAUCAUAGGUACACUUUAACUAUGACAGACAAAAUGAGAGAAAAAAUCCAGAAUAUUACAUUGUAGGAUUUUUUAUGAAUUUAUUUGCAAAUGAUGGUGGAAAAUAAGUAUUUGGUCACCUACAAACAAGCAAGAUUUCUGGCUCUCACAGACCUGUAACUUCUUCUUUAAGAGGCUCCUCUGUCCUCCACUCGUUACCUGUAUUAAUGGCACCUGUUUGACCUUGUUAUCAGUAUAAAAGACACACUCCAAACUCCACUAUGGCCAAGACCAAAGAGCUGUCAAAGGACACCAGAAACAAAAUUGUAGACCUGCACCAGGCUGGGAAGACUGAAUCUGCAAUUGGUAAGCAGCUUGGUUUGAAGAAAUCAACUGUGGGAGCAAUUAUUAGGAAAUGGAAGACAUACAAGACCACUGAUAAUCUUCCUCGAUCUGGGGCUCCACGCAAGAUCUCACCCCGUGGGGUUAAAAUGAUCAAAAGAACGAUGAGCAAAAAUCCCAGAACCACACAGGGGGACCUAGUGAAUGACCUGCAGAGAGCUGAGACCAAAAUAACAAAGCCUACUAUCAGUAACACACUACGCCGCCAGGGACUCAAAUCCUGCAGUGCCAGACGUGUCCCCCUGCUUAAGCCAGUACAUGUCCAGGCCCCUGAAGUUUGCUAGAGAGCAUUUGGAUGAUCCAGAAGAAGAUUGGGAGAACGUCAUAUGGUCAGAUGAAACCAAAAUAUAACUUUUUGGUAAAAACUCAACUCGUCUUGUUUGGAGGACAAAGAAUGCUGAGUUGCAUCCAAAGAACACCAUACCUACUGUGAAGCAUGGGGGUGGGAACAUCAUGCUUUGGGGCUGUUUUUCUGCAAAGGGACCAGGACGACUGAUCCGUGUAAAGGAAAGAAUGAAUGGGGCCAUGUAUCGUGAGAUUUUGAGUGAAAACUUCCUUCCAUCAGCAUGGGCGUUGAAGAUGAAACAUGGCUGGGUCUUUCAGCAUGACAAUGACCCCAAACACACCGCCCGGGCUACGAAGGAGUGGCUUCGUAAGAAGCAUUUCAAGGUCCUGGAGUGGCCUAGCCAGUCUCCAGAUCUCAACCCCAUAGAAAAUCUUUGGAGGGAGUUGAAAGUCCAUGUUGCCCAGCAAUAGCCCCAAAACAUCACUGCUCUAGGGGAGAUCUGCAUGGAGGAAUGGGCCAAAAUACCAGCAACAGUGUGUGAAGACGUUUGACCUCUGUCAUUGCCAACAAAGGGUAUAUAACAAAGUAUUGUGAAACUUUUGUUAUGGACCAAAUACUUAUUUUCCACCAUAAUUUGCAAAUAAAUUUAUUCAAAAUCCUACAAUGUGAUUUUCUGGAUUUUUUCCCCUCAUUUUGUCUGUCAUAGUUGAAGUGUACCUAUGAUGAAAACUACAGGCCUAAUCUUUUUAAGUGGGAGAACUUGCACAAUUGGUGGCUGACUAAAUACCUUUUUGCCCCACUGUAUAUAUACACACAGCCAUGGGCAUGUACAUGCAAACACACGUGUGUACACACACAAUUUUACGCGAGGGAACAUAGUCUAGAGUAGAUAGAUGCAUGCAUGCAUACGGACACACCACAUAUAGAAGAAGCAUGCAUACAUGACUAAACUAUAGUACCCACACACUGUUAUAGUACACACAAACAUCCACUCCUAGAAGGGACUGGAAUACUGGUUACACAGCACUGGUUGGAGUUCAUAGAACAACACCGUUUCUUGUAGAGCUCUUAAAUAAAGCACUGUGGGGUUAGCUACAUCCUAGAUUUUAUAAGGUCAAUUUGGAAGACUCCCAUACAACCAAAACAGUAGGUGUUUGUGAGUAGUAGUGCUCUGAUGCAAGUGACUGCAGUUUAGAAUAGCCUAGAUACUGAAUGAUUUGUGUGUGUGUUGUGGGGAAGAAAUAAUUUGUGCCUUGUUAGUUUCAAGAGUCAAAGCCAAGUGGCACCACUCACUCCGAUACAGGCCAGACUGACCGAUACACAGGCCAGACUGACCGAUACACAGGCCAGACUGACCGAUACAGGCCAGACAGUCUUUGGAGUUGUUAUUUUGAAUGACUUGACUAACAGCUGUCAGAAUGGGUUGAUUGAUAGACAGCUGGGCCAGUUGAUUUACCACUGCCGCGACUCUACGGCUAUUGGUUACGCAUGUGGUUGGGUUAGAGUGCCAGUGUUAAAAGGAAUCAUGCUAAGGUCAAAUAACUGAAAAAUUUGUUUGUUUAAAUGUUUAAAGGCCCAGUGCAGUCAACAUGUGAUUAUUCCUGUGUUUUAUAUGUAUUAGGUUAGAUUAAUACUUUUAAAAUGAUGAUAUCCUUUUUAGUGUGAGAGCUGUUUAAAAAGAUCGCCUGAAGUGUCAGCCUGUUUUGGUGGGAUUUAGUUUUGGCCUGCCUGGCAGUUAAUUAGUUAAUAGUCCAAUAAGGAAGAGUUCCAAGCCUCUCCUCCAACAGCUAGUUUUCAGUUUUCCCCUCCCUACUCAGACCACACCCAGACAGUCCUAGCAAAAUUCUUAAGUAUUAAAAGUAAAUAGUUUCAAAUUCCUUAUAUUAAGCAAAGCACAGGGCACCGGUUUUUAGGAUUGUUAUUUUUAUUAUGUACAUUUUUUACACGGAUAGCCAGGUGCACACAUCACUUACAAAUGAAGCAUGUGUUUAGUGAGUCCGUCAGACCAGAGGUAGUAGGGAUGAUCAGAGAUGUUCUCUUGAUAAGCGUUCAAAAUGUAACAAGUACUUUUGGGUGUCAGGGAAAGUGUAUGGAGUAAAAAGUAAAUUUCUUUAGGAAUGUAGUAAAGUAAAAGUUGUUCAAGUGUUUUUUACUUUACACCAUUGCCCAAAGUAUUUUAUUUGAAGCUGGUGUACAGAACCGAAAGUAGGACCCAAAAAUGAAACAAUUAUGACAGAUUUGUAACACACAUAUCUAUGUGAAUUUGGAUGGGUUUCCCAAAAAACGAAUAUAUUGCAGCUUUAAUUGUUAGCCAGAAAUGAUUAAAAAUGACUGCAUUGGACCUUGUUAAUGUUAUCUUUCCAUUGUCACAUCAGUAAGACAAUGUUUUUCAUUAUUUGCCUUUAUUUCUGAUAUUCUGUGUUUUUUACCUUGUUAAUUGGUUGUGAAUAUGUUUCUAGUCCUCCUUAUCACCAUGGUUUGUCUUCCAAGUUUGAACUUCAUCUGUUUGAAAUUUUGGCAAUUAUUUUGGGUGAUGCCUAACAUACCUACUACUAUCGACAAAGUAAUUCAGCUGUGAAAUGGAUGCCAAAGGGUAUUGUUAAAAAGUUUCUAAUGUUGCAGAGGAAGGCAUUAUUUUCUAGUAAUUGCAACCAAACAGGCACUGAGUGUCAGGCUGUGUUUACACGGGCAGUCUAUUUCUGAUCUUUUGCCAAUAUUUUGCCCAUAAUUGAGCAAAAGAUCAGAAUUGGGUUGCCUGUGUAAAUGAAGCUAGUAGUUAGGCUGGGCUGGAUACUUCAUCGGACCUUGGCCUACCGAAUAUCAAUUUAUCAGUUGUACUGUAUGCCUCCACUGAAGUAUUGGUUCUGUUUCAUUUGUAGUGAAAUAAUGAUGGACCGUUUUGAUAUUUGUGUAUGGCCUUAUGCUGGUACAAUGGGCUAUUAACCUUUUCAACUUCAAUCUGAAGUUUGCAAUUCAUGCAAGUCAUUUAUUUGACAAUUUACUCAACACAUUGGAUGAUGAGGGACUGUUAGAGCAGUGCAGACAUUCUAUGCAGUCAGAUGUUUGUAGACCAACUUCUGUUUUUUUUAAUCUGAAAAAAAGACUCGUGCCUUAUUUCAUAAAUGGAGUGUUUCUGUUUUAUAUCUCGCCUCAUUUCUCUAGUUAUACAGUGGCUUCAGAGUAUUCACACCCCAUUCACCUUUUCCACAUUUUGUUGUGACAAAGUGGGAUUCAAAAGGUUUAAUUGCCAUUGUCCAAAGAAAAAAUGAAUGAAAAAUCAAAUACUAAUAUCUAGAAUAAGUAUUCAACCCCCUGAUUCAAUACAUGUUAGAAUCAACGUUGGUAGCGAUUAAAGCUGUGAGUCUUUAACACCUGGAUUCUGCAACAUUUACCCAUUUUUAAAAAAUGUAUUAUUAUUUUAAAAAAUUCUUCAAGCUCUGUCAAAUUGGUGGUUGUUCAUUGCUAGACAACCAUUUUUAGGUCUUGCCAUAGAUUUUCGGUCACUCAGGAGCAUUCAGUCUUCUUGGUGAGCAACUCCAGUGUAGACUUCACCUUGUGUUUUAGGUUAUUGUCUUGCUGAAAGGUAAAUUCAUUUCCCAGUGUCUGUGGAAAGCAGACUAAACCAGGUUUUUCUCUAGGAUUUUGCCUGUGCGUAUCUCCAUUCAAUUUUGCGUAUCUCCAAGUCCUUAACGAUUACAAGCAUACCCAUAACAUGAUGUAGCCAUCACUAUGCUUGAAAAUAUGGAGCGUGGUAAAAGAAACCGUUACACAGAAAGAAAGCAUGUGAACAGUACAAUACACAUCGUUGUCCAGUCACCUUGAAAUAAAACAUUUAAAAAGGAAGCUACAUGAUUAACUUCUUGUCCUGAAUAAAAAGUGUUAAUUGCUUUAUCACAUGUAUUUGCAUUAUUAUUUUAGUGCCUUGUUGCAAUAAUGUUUUGGAAUAUUUGAAUUCUGUACAGGCUUCUUGUCACUCUGUCAGUUAGGUUAGUAAUGUGGAGUAACUAACCUACAACGUUGUUGUCAUCUUCAGUUUUCUCUUAUCACAGCCAUUAAACUCUUAACUGGCCUCAUGGUGAAAUCCCUGAGUUAGGUAGGACACCUGUAUCUUUGUAGUGACUGGAUGUAUUGAUACUCCAUCCAAAGUGUAAUUAAUAACUUCUUCAUGCUCAAAAGUAUAUUCAAUGUCUGCUUUUUUAUUUUUACCCAUCUACCAAUCGGUGCCCUUUUUUUGGAAAACCUCCCUGACCUUUGUGGUUGAAUCCGUCAGCGAUGACGUAGUCAUUGAAAAAUCAUGUUGCACAUGCCACUUAUGUGACUUAUGCACAUUUUUACUCCUGAACUUAUUUAGGCCAUAACAGGUUGAGUACUUAUUGACUCAAGACAUUUCAGCUUUUCAUUUCAUUAAUUUGUCAAAUAUAUAUUUUUAACUUGUGUGUAGGCCGUUCAAUGUAAUCCAUUUUAAAUUCAGGCUGUAACAUAACAAAAGCUGGAAAAGUCCAGGGGUGUGAAUACUUUCUGAUGGCCCUGUAUGUCCUGUCAGCAAAGGGAAUAGGUCUAUCACCCAGCUGGAACUCAUGUUUACUAAUGUUGCCUGUUAGCUGGCAUGGGAAGUGUUGUCCUAAGCACCACUUGGUGUUGGAGUAUUCGUGUGCCAAUGAUAAAUGAAUACAUAUCGGCUUGUGGAACGUUACUCUAAAAUAUUGUUUUAUAUUGUCUGUUCACCGUUUCCUGUAUAUUAGGCAAUAAGUACUUCUAUAUGUUCAUUCUGAUGAAAGGGGGAAUAUGUGUCUUGCUUGUGGGUCAAGGGCAUUCUGCAGCUUUGCUAUGACUUUGGACUAGUAUGGUCUGGAUACAUCUUUAGCAUGUACCUAAGUCCAUAGUAUUAGCUCUGUAGGAGAUGUGAGGAGGAAACUCCUUGAAUCACGUAUUCUUCCUGUGUCCUAUGUUCAUUUUUAGGGUGUAUUAAAUUAUCUGGAUGAAUAAAUAAAUGCCUCUAUGCUAAUAAAUGUGUACACCAA